CGAAUGUGUGGUGAUCUUUAUCCAUGGAAUUCUAGUAUGAUUUGCUUCUCUUUUUUUUUUCUUUUCGAGAUAAAGACAUUUCACAUUCAGAGUCAUCUGAUAUUUUCUUGAAAAAGGAGAAGUUUGAGGACCAAGGUUCUCUUCUCUUGACUUCUGUGCCAUCCCCUUUGUCAUGCAAAAUGUGUUUCCGUGUUCCCGUAUAAUGCACUGCAUUCAUUGCUUAUCAAGUGACAUAGGAUGCUGAUGUUGUCUCGUUGCUAACUUUGGUGCUAGAGCAAUUUGGAUGGAUCUAGCAGUGAAAUAUUGUGCUUGUCAGCUCAUUUAUAUGCACGGAAGGCCCAAAUGGAAUAUAAAUUUUUUUGAGCCAACUUUGUAUGGUUUGUAACAAUGCAUGUGAAAUUCUUCUAAAAUGUGUGCAUUCCAGCUGAAACAUUGGAUGCCAAUGUUCCCCCGUACCGUUAAAGAGCUUUACUGUGGCGUUUUUCAAUUAACAAAAGAUGAGGGGUGACUUUUUUGUAUUCCCUUCAUUUGAGGGAAAGAAAUCUGCUACAUGCAAUGUGGUUUUACAAGAGUACAAGGGAGAUUCUUUUACUGCCAGGUAAGAUCUAUCCAGUUUGAUCCCAUUGAUUAUAGUUCUUCUAAAGUCUACUGUAGUACGGAUCCCUUUGUAGGUUUGCAGUUUCAGAGUCAAAUUCAUGGACCAUAUAACCCCUAUCAUUCAUCACUGGAGUAUGUAGGAUACUUUAUCAAUUAUCAUGAAAGAUUGUCUGGAUUUUCUGUGACGCUUCACUGCACUACAGUAUGUGGAGGAGCAGUGCACUUUUGUUCAGUUCAUGAUCAUUAGUUUGAACGAAUUAAAUGGAAUUCUUUGGUACCUGCUAAUACUACCGGAACAAAAAGUCAAUGGUGUGUAUCAAUCAACUAAAAAAAAGGGACAAUGAUUCAUUUAUUAUGAACUGAAAGUACAAUAUAAAAAUCAUACCUUGAAAGAUCAAAGAUACUGCAGCAUAAAGCCAUAAAGUGACAAUGUGCAGCAUCAUGAAAGCAAAAACCGAGCCAUGAUGCCUGCUCUCAAUUCUCAACCCCAUAAUAUACAUACUCUGUUUCCAAUGUUCCAAGUAGAAAAAUAGUUCAGUGCUUUUCGACGUCAGCUUUUCAAGUACAAAAUGAAACAAAUUACCAACAGGCUACCAGCAAAUCAGCAGCUGACUGUAUCCCUUUUUCUGCCAAACCUCCUGCCCAAAGCUUAAAUCCAGCAGACAACACAGACACAGCAAAUGCUGGGAGACACAGUAUCCACCACAAACGAUCCGGCCCCACCCCUUUGCGCUCCGCCUUCGUUUUCUAAAUCUGAUCCCCACCAGGCCACCACGCCUCUUCUCUGGAUCUUCUAAAUCCAGGCAACCUCCACGCCACGUAACUGUUUUCCUAAUACAAGAAUACUACCUAUUCUAAUGCCACAGACACAUGCUCUCUCUCUCUCUCUCUCUCUCUCUGAUCCCUGCACUUCUCCUUCCUUUGAUGAUUUUCCUAGUGUUAUAUUGCAAAGAUCCCUUUCGAGGCUUCCCAGUGUGGUGCCUGUCACUUUUUUUUGGGUGAAUAGCUUUGCUUGCUCCAUUGCUGGGACUACAGUGGCUUGAGAGAUAGGAUUCUUCUUCAUCUUUGUUCACAGGCAGCUGUUUGCUUUGAGCUUUUGGACUUCAGUAAUUGCUGCCACUCGCACAGCCCAACUUUCGGCAUCGAGAUCCAAGAAAGAUCAAGGGCAAAAGUCUUGGGCCGCAAUCAUUAGCAUCUAGCUGCAUUGCAGAGAUUCUCUACUUGGCUGUUGGCUUACUCCUCCAAUUCUACUCUUCCCUGUUAUCUCACACCUUCAGCUCUCCUCAUUCAUAGCUGUUCUUGCUCUGGCAUUGGGACAAGUCAAGAACAAAUUCAGGAAGCAGGAGAUUCUUCUCAAGAGGUUACAUUGGAAAAGGAGAUUGAGAGGCAAGAGAAGGCGAAGAUGCAAUAAUCAUAAGUUCCAUUGGGAAGAAAAAGCAGAUGAAGAUGUUCAAUAGGCUUCUUCUCUGAUCAGCAAUCAGCUUGUCUGAACUCUGAAGAACAGCUCUUGUUUUCCUUUGCAUGGAGAGCGAAGCCAUGGGAGGCCAUGUGAAUGUGAUGGUGCCAUUGGAGAGCUUGAGCUUGGAGCUCCCGAAUGGGGAAAUCUUAGUGGGCUACGACAAGGACAUAUCAGAUCUGCAAGAGGAGAUUUCAGUUCUACGAUCAAGGCAGCGACAUCUUGACCGGAGAAGACGGGAGGCACUCGACAAGCUCAUUGACCUGAAAGGAAGUAUUAGAGUCUUCUGCCGGGUACGGCCAUUUGUCCAAAUGAACAAUUUGAAGACCAAAUCAUCAGUUAAUGUAGAACAAGAGAAGAUUGCAGUCAAGUCAGUGGGGAUCAAAAAAGAGUUCAGCGUUGAUAGGGUUUUUGAUCAGGAGUCAACACAGGAGGAUGUUUUCCAAGAAGUAAAACCAAUCCUCAGAUCUGCACUUGACGGGCACAAUGUCUGCAUUCUCGCUUAUGGCCAGACUGGGACAGGAAAAACCUACACAAUGGAAGGAACUGAUGGUAAGCUCGGUAUUGUUCCUCGAGCUAUUCAAGAACUGUUUUCUCAUGCUUCAGAAGACAGUUCAUCCACAUACUCUUUCUCCAUAAGCAUGCUUGAGGUCUACUUGGGAAGUCUCAGGGACUUGUUGGCACCAAGGCAGCCUCUAUUCAGGCCAUCAGAAUGUAGCACAGCAUGUAAUCUCAGCAUUCUGGCAACUAAAACCGGUGCUGUGGAAGUUGAGGGGCUGACCGAUGUCUCAAUACCGGACCUGAAGAAAGCCAACCAGUGGUACUGCAGAGGACGGCGUGCCCGAUCAACAUCUUGGACAAAUGUCAAUGACGUCUCGAGCCGGUCGCACUGCUUGGCAAGGAUUACCAUAAGAAGGCAUGGAGCCACUGAAGAAGUCAGCAAGCUCUGGCUCAUCGAUCUUGGAGGUAGCGAGCGGUUGCUGAAGACUGGUGCAUCUGGGUUGACAAUGGAUGAGGGAAAGGCCAUAAACCUCUCCCUAUCAGCACUUGGAGAUGUUAUUGCUGCACUAAGGAGAAAGAGAAGUCAUGUUCCUUACAGAAACAGCAAGCUUACACAGAUUCUCAGUGAUUCACUUGGUGAUGGUUCAAAAGUUCUAAUGGUGGUGCACAUCAGCCCUUCUGAGGAUGAUGUUGGCGAGACAGUCUGUUCCCUGAGCUUUGCAAAACGAGCAAGAUCAAUUGAGUCAAAUAGAGACAUUCCAGAAGAUCUGAAAAUGCUUAAGCAGAAGCAAAUCGCAGAGCUUGACAAGGUAGUAUGUGAUGCCGAUGAAGAGCAAAAGUAUCUCAAUGAACAAAUAAGUAGAGCAGAGAUCACUCUUGAAGAGAAGAAGAAGCUCAAUUCAUCUAUUUGCCAGGUUCUCAGUGAUGAGAAGGGGUCACCAAGAAGCACUCUAGUGAUAGGUCACACUGAUGCCACAGAGAGCCCACACCCAACUGAGAAGGCAAAGAUCAGGGUUUCCCAUGGCUCAGUACCCCACUUCAUGUCAUCGACAGUGUCUAGCCGGCAAAGACAUAGCGCGGGAAGCAAUUCUGUCAGUAAUCCGAGGCUGGCAAAGUCAGUGAAUAGAUAUCAAGCUGAGCUGAGUGGGAGCCAGUCAUUCAGCUACUCCAGCUGCAAGAAUGCAGCCAAGGCUAGGUCAGUAGCAUUCUCAACCAGUGUGCCUAAGAUGAAGUGUUUGCCAGUGAAGUCGUCUGAUCUGAUCAACAUAAGCAGUAAUAGCAUGGACUCGACAGCUGCAUCAGCACCGCAGCGGAGGGGAAGCUUCGUCUCCCGGCCGGUUCAAAGAGCACCCUUACAUCAGCACAGGAGAAGGAUGUCUAGCCUAACGUAGCCAUACAUUAAUACCGAUUAAAAAGCUCUGAUUUUAGUUUGUUUUAGUGGUGAAAAGAUUCUGAAGGUUGUUUGUGGUUUUGUGGGUGUUUGAUGGUAUGUUUGUUAACUUCAUAGUCCUUGACUGUUGUAACUAUCUUAGGCCCUUCGUCUGUUGUUUUUGGUUUGACACAGAAGGGCAAAAGGAUGUGAGGGAUAUUGGUAAAUGGAAAUAGAAUUGUAAUUAGUGCUUA